AUGGAUAUGGGGUUUAUUUUUCUCACUCAGACAGGAGUAGGAUUCGUGGGAAAUUUCUCCCUCCUUUGCCUCUAUAACUUCACCUUGAUCACCAGACGUCACUUCAGACCCACAGAUUUGAUUCUCAAUCAGCUGGUGCUGGCCAAUUCCAUUGUUCUUCUCUCUAAAGGAGUACCUCAGACUCUGGCAAGUUUGGGAUGGAAACAUUUCCUGGAUGAUAGGAUAUGUAAGCUUGUCUUCUAUUCUUACAGAGUGAGCACUGGUGUGUCCUUCAGCACCUUGUGCUUGUUCAAUUGCUUCCAGGUCAUUAAGCUCAACCCCAGAAUCUGUAGGUGGAUCUCGCUCAAGAUCAGAUCCCUACAGUGCAUCGGCUCCUGCUGUCUCCUCUGUUGGACCCUGCAUCUCCUCAUAAAUUCAUUUCUGCCUUUAGUAGUGAAAGGCCCAUGGAAUAAGGAGAAUCUGAGUGCAGAUGGGAGUCAUGGCUACUGUUCCUGGUCAAUAGGAGGAAGUCACAGCACCUUACAUUCAAUCUUAUACUUUUCCCCUGACUUGAUGAGUCUGGUCCUCAUGGCCUGGGCCAGUGGCUCCAUGGUCUUCCUCCUGCACAGGCACAAGCAACGAGUCCAGCAUAUUCACAGCCAUGUCCGCAGUCCCAGACCUUCCCAUGAGGCCAGGGCCACACGCACCAUCCUGAUCCUGACGAGCUCCUUUGUUUCCUUUUACUCCGUCUACACUGUACUGACCAUGUGGAUGACCCUAGCUGCAAACAGAGGCCAGUGGGUCGUGAGCAGCUCCGUGCUGGUGGCCUCAUGUUUCCCAGCACUCAGCCCCUUUGUGCUCCUCAUCAAUGACAACCGGGUCUCUCAGUUCCUCUCUCACUGCCGAGUGAGGACAAAUUGUGUCUAA